ACAAAAGUCUCAUUCCUAAUUCUCUCUCUUUCUCUCUCUCCCCCCCUCCUCAUAUUAUUUACACAACCUUUUGCUCUCAUAACUUCAACCAUAUAUAUUAUCUCCUCCAACCCCCCUUUCUCACAUAACAAACCAAUUCCACAUCUUCUUCUCCUUCUUCUUCUUCUUCCAAAUGGGUUUUGAUGAUCAUCCUUGUAACACAGGCCUUGUCUUAGGGUUAGGUCUCACAACAUCGUCCCCUCAAGAGAGUACUUCUCCACCAAAGGCUCAUAAUCCAUCAAGGUUUGCAAAUAAGCCUUCCCCAAAUUCUGCUCCCACAAGUGCUACUUUUGAGCCAUCUUUAACUUUGGGUCUUCCUGGUGAGCCAUAUCAUCAAUUAGUGGCCUCCAAUUACAAAGGUAGUGGUAAUUCUCAUGAGGAAGCAAUAGAUUUGUAUAGGCAAGCUUCCUCACCUCAUAGUCAUAGCGCGGUCUCUUCCUUCUCUAGUGGUAGAGUGGUCAAAAGAGAGAGAGACCUUAGUAGUGAGGAGGUUGAGGUAGAGAAAGUCUCUUCAAGAGUGAGCGAUGAAGAUGAAGAUGGCUCUAAUGCUAGAAAGAAGCUUAGGCUCACCAAGGAACAGUCUGCCCUCUUAGAAGAAAGCUUCAAACAACAUAGCACUCUCAACCCUAAGCAAAAGCAAGCUUUAGCCAGGCAGUUAAAUUUGAGGCCAAGACAAGUGGAAGUAUGGUUCCAAAAUAGGAGAGCCAGGACAAAGCUUAAGCAAACUGAGGUAGAUUGUGAGUUCUUGAAGAAGUGCUGCGAGACGCUAACGGAUGAGAACCGGAGGCUACAAAAAGAGCUACAAGAACUCAAGGCACUCAAGCUAAGCCAACCUUUGUACAUGCAUAUGCCGGCAGCCACCCUCACUAUGUGUCCUUCUUGUGAAAGGAUUGGAGGUGUGGGCAGUGAGGGAGCUUCCAAGAGCCCAUUUUCUAUGGCUCCAAAGCCUCACUUCUAUAAUCACUUCACCAAUCCCUCAGCGGCUUGUUAAUUAAUUAGGCUCCCACUAAUUAAUUACUGCUGUAUUAUUAGAAUUAGAUGAUAAGCGAAGGAGAAAUUAAACCCUCAUGACCCCUAUAUUUUUUUUUGGUUCAGGGCUUUGUAGUGAAUGAAAGACUAGCUAGUGUAAUUAAUUUGUAGAAAAAAUAGUUUAUUACAGAUCAAUCACCUUUACUUUUUUUUUUCAAAUUAUAAUUAUAUAUGUCUGUAAAUCGUCAAGAAUUAUAUCUAUGAAGGGAUUACUAUUA